GACGAAUCUCAGCCUCAGCAUCAUUCGCUUAAUUAGCCAUCGAUCUCAAACAGAUCCAGUCGCACAAGGCUACCUAUCAGUUGCCUCACUUGAAAGUGCCAUUCGACGUGCUCGCGGCAGUUGAGAGAACCUUCAACAAUCAAAUAUCCCCAGAGCUUGUCUGAAACAGGAGAUCUCGUUUCCUGUCAUCAACGCAAACGGGCUUGCUGACUGUUUGGCCACCGUCAAUCAAACUCGAACAUCAAGGUCAUUGUCCAAAACGAAGAGCCAAACUUUCCACGUCGUCAUACCAAAGCCUCCUCCUGCCUCGAAAGUUUUUGUGGCUUACACCAGGAAGGAGCCUCACCCGGAACAAUCACAGACACACUGACAUACUCUUCCUUUGGGCAGCAAAGUCACGACUUCAUUCUGCAAACGACCCUAAUCCGCAAUCCAGUCAACUUCAUCCAACAGUCCAACUUUGUCACUCCUUCGAUAUACUGCUCCAGAGUCACAACGACUGUCUCCAGGCUCUUCACCGAUAAAGCCGGCGCCGCUCCUCAGGAUUCUUCUGCUACAUCUUCUGGGGAAUCUUCCAACACAUCAUCCACAUCCAAGCGCCCCUCGAUCUUUCAACGAUUCCACAUACACCCGGGCAGGAGAUCCAAAACCACUCCGAAUCUGACCAUCCGACCCACAACUUCCUCAUCUUUACCGCCUACUGCGACCUCUGCAAGCCGAGCUGUGCCUGGCUCAUCCCAUUCCGAUGCCGCCACUAUUGCCGAGAUAACUCAAACCAUGCCGCAGUCUUUGACCAUAGGUACUCCGCCUUCAGUUUCAGUCAAGCGACAACGAUCGCAAGAACUGCCUACCAAUGUCUCGCGACCUCCGACCUCCGGACAAUCAUCUACAAAUGGAUCAACCGUUGGGAGUGAUGUCUCGGCACGACAAUCCUCGGUAAAGGUACCAGCAUACCUGGACAAGGACCGAGCAAAGAUCUCGGCAGCGUUUGUCGACAUAGGAUGGAAAGAGCGGUAUCGCUUACAGGACGGCUUCCAAAAUCCCGAAUCGUCUCCUUUCCGGAUCGAUCGAUCGCAGACCGUCAUAAGCCGCAAUCGAUAUGGAAAUGUCCAGCCUUGGGAUUCGUCACGAGUGAAGCUUAAGAAACCAAUUGGAGGUUCAGACUAUGUCAACGCCUCGCCCAUCAAACUCACAAGUCGUUUGAUUAAAGAGAGACUGCACAGGGGGACAUCCGGGCCACGGGCCGACGAUCGAUCUUCGCAGUCUGAGACUCAGGAAAGCGUCUACAGAUAUAUUGCGACGCAGGGCCCGAAGGAGGGCCAGUUCUCCCAUUUCUGGCACAUGGUCUUGCAAGAAACUCCAGGUGAAACUGGGGUAAUUGUAAUGCUCACCCAGCUGUAUGAAGGCACCAAAGAAAAGUGUGCGCAAUAUUUUCCCUUGAAUAUGGAGAAUCCAAUAAUCAUGCUUCCGGCACACGAGGAUGGGAAUGAGGAUGGAGUGGGAGACACAGCGGACGAUGGUGACCCUUUCUUGGACUCCCCUACGAUGAGCGCCGAUACUGAUAGUGUGGGAACAGAUCCUGAGUCCGUCGACUCUGAGGCCGAGAAAGAGAACGCCGAUUCGGAAAGUCAAUGCGGGACCGUCACCUUGCUAUCUCUAAGCUACGAUGCGCGGAUCGCAUGCGAGGUUCGAAAACUGAGCCUGACCAUUGAAAAUGAAUCAAAGGUCAUCUACCAUUAUCUGUAUAAUGGAUGGCCAGAUUUUGGUAAACCCGAGGCAGAAGAUCGAAAGGCCCUUAUGGAACUCACCAAAGUAUCGAAAACUGUGGCAGGUGAUUCGCCUCGGAUUGUCCAUUGUUCAGCUGGAGUAGGUCGGACAGGCACUUGGAUAGCCUUGGAUUUCCUCCUGCAAGAACUUGAAUCCGGGAGACUGGUUGAGACAUCAUCGGAUUAUGUCACGGCAAACCCACGCACGCCAGGUUCAAACGGCACUUGGGGCAGAAGCGGAGCUCCCAAACCCACCACGCCAGAAUUCAAGGAGGAAGUUGACCUGAUCUGGGAAACAGUCAAUUCCCUGCGCGAGCAGCGGAUGAUGAUGGUCAUGAACGAGUUGCAGUACAGCUUCCUGUAUGAAGUACUCAAAGACGCUUUCAUUCAGAAGUAUGCCGAGAAGGAAACGGGACCGGUGGUUGUGGAGGUCCAAGAACCGAGUCCGAAAGUGGCGCGGAAGAAGUCACCCUUUGGUGGUAUGUUCGAAGAAACUAAAGUCGGCACGGUUACAGGCGCGGAAGAUACUGUCUCUGAAAGUGAAAGUCAAUCUGAGGCCGAAACCGAGAUCAUGGAAAGGGACAAGGGUGGAAUGGCCAUUGAUGACGAGGGUGCUGCUGGGACGGGUGGCGAAGGCGAAGAUCCGUAUGCGUCUGUAGCGCCUGAGACGAUACGUGAAGGCCAACGGAAGGAGGAGCAGAAUGAGGUGCGCGAUCACGAGGCGAAGUGAGGUUAUGGUUGUGCAAACCAACGAUUGGAUUAAGCAUGAAGGCUGACGGGCGCAUAGGUAUGGUGCAUGACGGUGCAUGGGAUGAUACUGGCUAUCGUUGCAUGGCACUUGGUCCUUCGAUGGUUGAACACUGUAGGAGGCAUUGUAUGUUGUAUUGAGUUUGGUUGGAUAGCAAACAACUGCAUUGAAUGAUUUACCCUGCGACGACUGCACAUAUAACCUAAGGUACCUUAAUGCACGCUUACUCGG